AUGUCCGAUCCAACAGCCAAGCUGGAGAGUUUCCUUAAAACUCUGCUAAAGUCGCUGGAUCAGCCGCUUCUGCCUAAUCAGCUGCCCGACGCGUACGCUGCGUCGGUCCUGCCACAGCUACAGACGCCGUCCAGGGUCAUCGUCAAUGGCACCCCGUAUGGCUCAAAGCAGCUAUUCCAGCAGACCUGGGCCACUCUGCCGGCCUCCCAGCACCAAUUGCUUAGUUACGACGCCCAUCUGAUUCCCACAGGCCAUCCGCAAAGCAUCUACAGCAUUCUGGCGCGCGUGAGAGUGCGGUUUGACGAGUCUGGCCGCAACCGGCUCGGCGAGACCGCAGACCUCGUACCGGUCGACCGCCCGGCAAGGCCGCUGUAUUCGCCGUGGUUUGGCGUGAGCUUGCAUUUGAUUGCCGACGAGCAACUGAACCAUACUUUUGAGUGCGAGUGUAUCAGCUCCUUUAAUUACAGAGUGACCGAACAACCGGAGAACAGCGUCUUCCAUUUAUAA